CUUGACAUUUGAAUCCACAGACCCGAGAGUCCCGGGAGAAUGAGGUGGGAAGAGAGCUGAGGACCGCCCAGUUUGUUUCUGUCUCCCUGGGUGGCCGUAGAUGCUCAGUGUGGAGAGAGGCCUACAGAUCAGCAAGAGCCCCUAAAGGGACUCUCAAGUCCCCAGUGGGAGCUGCUUUGUAUUCAGCACACUUGCCAUCAGCCACGGCCCCCAGAGUCCAACUGUGAUUACUCAGUGGAAUCUUUCAAACGAAUGCUGCAGCCAGGACUCACCCACAUUCCAGUCAGCCGUUUUAUGGAUGGGCCUCCACAUCAGUGUUUUUCCAGAAGUUCCUCAAAUGACUUAGACAUGGGAGGAUGGGUGAGGACUGCUGGGCUGGAGACAGCCCGUCUGUGAACAGGCCCAAUAUUCUAGGCGCUUCACAACUGGCCCAGCUCCCACUGUACCAGCAAGAAGGCAGCCUGUUUCCUUGGGCGUGCAGAUUAUAGUGUUCCCAGAAGAUGGCAUCCAUGGGUUCAACUUUACAAGAACAUCCAUUUACCCAUUCCUGGACUUCAUGCCAUCGCCCAGGCUGGUCAGGUGGAACCCAUGUCUGGAGCCCUUUCGGUUCAACGACACCGAGGUCCUCCAGCGCCUGAGUUGUAUGGCCAUCAAGGGACAGAUGUUCUUGGUGGCCAAUCUGGGAACAAAACAGCCUUGCCUUCACAGUGACCCCGGGUGCCCACCUGAUGGGAGAUACCAGUUUAAUACAAAUGUGGUGUUCAGCAACAAUGGGAGCCUCGUUGACCGCUACCGUAAGCACAACCUGUACUUUGAGGCAGCCUUUGAUACCCCUGCCAAGGUGGACCUCAUCACCUUCGACACUCCCUUUGCUGGCAGGUUCGGCAUGUUCACUUGCUUUGACAUCCUGUUCUUUGACCCCACCAUCCAGCUCCUCAGAGACGCUGGGGUGAAGCACAUUGUGUACCCCACAGCCUGGAUGAACCAGCUGCCACUCUUGGCAGCCAUUGAAAUUCAGAAGGCAUUCGCCACUGCCUUUGGCGUCAGUGUCCUGGCAGCCAACAUCCACCAUCCGACUCUGGGGAUGACUGGCAGUGGCAUACACACCCCUCUGAAGUCCUUUUGGUACCAUGACAUGGACAACCCCAAAGGCCACCUUAUAAUUGCCCAGGUAGCCACAAACCCGCUGGGCCUUGUUGGGACAGAGAAUGCAGCUAGUGAACUGGACCCAUCCCAUAGUAAGUUCUUAAAAAUCCUGUCUGGUGACCCAUACUGUGAGAAGGAUGCCCAGGAAGUACACUGUGAUGAGGCUGCCAAGUGGAACAUGAACGCACCACCUACGUUCCACUCGGAGAUGAUGUAUGACAAUUUCACCCUGGUCCCUGUCUGGGGAAAGGAAGGCUAUCUCCAGGUCUGCUCUAACAGUCUCUGCUGUCACUUACUCUACGAGAGGCCCGCCCUGUCCAAUGAGCUGUAUGCCCUGGGUGUCUUUGAUGGACUCCACACAGUGCAUGGCACUUACUACAUUCAAGUCUGUGCCCUGGUCAAGUGUGGGGGUCUUGGCUUCGACACUUGUGGGCAGGAGAUCACAGAGGCCCAGGGCCUAUUUGACUUUCACCUGUGGGGGAACUUCAGUACUUCCUAUAUCUUUCCUUUAUUUCUCACCUCAGGGAUGACUCUGGAUACCCCUAACCAGCUUGGGUGGGAAAAUGACCACUAUUUCUUGAGGAAGAGUGGACUGUCCUCUGGCCUGGUGACAGCAGCUCUCUAUGGGCGGUUGUAUGAGAGGGACUAGGAAGUGUAUGGUCAGUGGGAUGGGCUCCGCCAGUGUGCCUUUCCACAGGCCACAGAGCCCACAUGCUGGGACCACCUCUGCCCCAGGGUGGGAAGCCACUCCUGUGGCACUGGAUCCCACCCUGGGACCUGUAAGAAGAUGGGAGAGGCAGACCUUCUUCCUUUCCACGUAAUGACUGAGACAUUUUCUGGUAUUUUCUAUUCAUAUUCUUUUUCAAGCCACACCUUCUUCCCACUACACAGUUGGUUUUAAAUGCUAAAAUAAAAAAUAAACAUAAGUUGCUAUUUUACAGGUCCACA